AUGGCAACAUGCAUUACCAAAGCCUGGGGAUCACAUAUCGCUUCGUCUGCUUGGUGGGUGUAUGCGUCACAGGUAUCAAAAGCUGCUCAGCCAGGAGAAUACGUCACUAAGGGUAGCUUCAUUAUAAGAGGGAAAAAGAACUAUCUCCCGAGUUGUCCAUUAGUGCUUGGUUUCGGUAUUUUGUUCCGUGUGGACGAAAUCAGCGCAGAGAAACAUAGGAAGCAGUCACAGGAACAGGCGCAAAACUUGUCUGAAAUGGAACCUGAAGAGUACACAGCGCCGGCACCUACUGAUGACAACGAUGAAAGUACUUUGGAGGAAUACACAGCGAAUCCACCCACUAAUGAUAACGGCGAGGGUGAUUUAGAUGGAGAAGAGGAGUAUCCGGACAUCAGUCUUGAUGUGCCAACUGUUCGGCUACAAGUAGAGGAGGAGAAUCCUGAUGAAUAUUCCAUCAUUGAGUUUGCCAACAAAACGAGAGCGAAGAAAACAAAUGUGCCUAAAAAGGAGCUUGAAACUAAGGAGUAUCUUGAAAAGAAGGCCGAAGAAGAGCGCAAGGCAGCUGCUGCAAAGAAGGUGGGAAAACGACAGAAGCAUAAGUUGGAGAAGAUUCGUAAAAAGUAUAAGGAUCAGGACGAGGAAGAGCGUGAAAUGCGUUUGAUGUUGUUAGGCUCUAGAGGAAAACAGAAAAGUGAUGACGGGAAGGGUGUGAAUGGUGAGGAAGUAGGCGAUAAACAUCCCUCGGCUAAGAAUAAUAAAGGUGUAACGAAAGGAGAGCGCCAGCGUCCCCAGAAACCUGAGCUUGAGGAUAUGCAAUCUACGAAUAAAGAAAAUGCGACCGAUCUGAACCGUGAAAAGAAUCACGAUGUCAGCGGCAAGAAUGGUGAUGAAGCUGACGAAGCAGUCAUCAAAAUCGAGGAUAGCGCCAUCAGUGAUAGUGCUCAGGAAGAUGUUGUAAAUGGAGACUCGAAAAAUGAGGUCCAAGAUGGGCCGAAUGAUCCGAGCACUGCCACAGAGCAGAACCCUUCGAGUCAGACCAAAGAUGCUGCCGUUGGUGAUGGCGAGGGCGGAAAAGGGGCCGAAAAUGAUGACGAUGAGGAGGAUCUCAAAACUACUAGCGAGGGCACUGAAGCGCUGGUAUCACAACUUAUUUCAAAUCCUGAGCCUGACGAUGUGCUGCUCUAUGCCGUGACCAUGGUAUUCCAAAACUUUAAGUACAAAGUGAAGCUUACACCUGGCUCCAGCAAGAAAGGAAAAGCUGGAAAAUUGGCCAUCGAUUUGUUCUUG